UAAUUUCGGAUAAUAAUUUCACAUCAUCAGCAAAUAAUAAGGAUUUGAGUAACUUAUAAACUGACAUCAUUAAUAAAUAAAAUAAACAAAAUUUCCAACGCCCCAAAAAUAUACUAGUUGUCCAAAGUAAAUUAAGUAAACCGCCAGCAGUAGAUCGCCAUUUCAAUUUAGAUAAAUUAAAAUCUUCUUGAAGGAGCAAUUUAGUUUUAUUAUACGUGAAAAUUAUGUUUUCAAUAGUUUUCAAAGUAGCAUUUAAACAGUCGAUGUUCAGUCAAAAUAGAAUGUAUAUGUUACGGGUAAAGUACAAAAUAUGGUUAGUGUUCACAUUAUCCGGGUAAUGUGUACACUACCUGUACCUAUUGGAUAAAGUAAAAAUACUAUUUAUAAAACGUUUAUUUCGUACUUUACUCGGGUAUUUUACACAUUAUCUACGACUGAGUGGGUAAAGUACUUUGAUAAAAUGUAUAUGAUAAAAUAACGAUUGUAGAUAAAUGUUUAUGAAGAAACACACGCAAUAAUAUUUAGUACAGUGCUAGUUCGUCUUAAUACACGCGUCGUACAUAUAAUAGGUUUUUAAAAUGACUUCACGUGAAAAAUUUUAUGAAUGUUUUUAUAAAAUAGUUAAUGAAAAAAAUAAUAAUUCAGUUUAUUUAUCGGCAGUUAAGUAUAAUGAAAUAGUUUCGGAAAUUAAAAAUGUGAGAUCAAGUGGAAUAAAAAGUAACAAGGCAUAUCGAAUUUUGAAAAAAUACGACCUCAUUACUAUUGGAGAAGAAGAUAAAUUAAUAUUGCCGUUGUUGGAAGGUAAUACAAACAUUUUGUACUAUAUUACUAAUGAAAAUAUCUAUGAUGUGCUACACGAUGUACAUUUGAGUAUUGGGCAUGGUGGAAAACACCGCAUGAAUGCUGAAGUUAAAAAAAAGUAUAAAAAUAUAACACAAGAAGCAGUGUCUAUUUACUUAAAGUUUUGUGAAUCGUGUCAAUCUAAACAAAAAUCUAAAAACAAGGGUCUAGUGAUUAAACCAAUGGUGUUUUCGGAAAUGAAUAGUAGGUGCCAAGUGGACCUGAUUGAUAUGCAGUCGCAGGGGGAUGGAGAGUUCCGGUUUAUUAUGGUAUAUCAGGAUCACCUUACUAAAUUCGUUCAACUAAGACCCUUAAAAACAAAGAGAGCAGAAGAAGUUGCAAAACACCUUAUCGACAUAUUUUGUAUUUUUGGAGCUCCGAUGAUAUUACAAUCUGACAACGGCCGCGAGUUUGCAAAUAAAAUAAUAGAAGACUUAAAAGAAAUGUGGGACACACUGAAAAUUGUUCACGGAAAGCCACGCCACAGUCAGUCACAAGGAAGUGUCGAGAGAGCAAAUCAAGACAUACAAAACAUGUUGAUAACAUGGAUGAAAACAAAUAACUGUAAAUCAUGGUCAGAGGGACUUCGAUUUGUACAGCUAAUGAAAAAUAGGGCCUACCACGAUGGCAUUAAAAGAUCUCCAUACAUGGCCAUGUUUGGUACUGAUGUGAAAAUUGGUUUGUCAUCAUUUUUACUACCAGCUGAAACAGUGGAAAAAUUAACCACUGAACAAGAAUUGGAAGAAAUAUUGCAAAGUGUCGUGUCAAACUAUGAACAAAGAGAAAAUCAUAGUGUUUCCGAUAAUUACUGUGAAUCGUGUGGCUGUACUCUUGGUAAUGAACAAACAUCUAUUUGUGGUUUGUGUGAUAAAAAAAACACCAUAGAAAAUGAGAGAAGCAAUUCAAAAUUAUCGCUUGAGCAACAAGCAAAAAAAAUGAAGUUCAGAUCCAUCAACAAAUUCCCACCAUGCAAUGUUGGCGACACAGUUAGAGUCAAACUACCAGAAGUAGACAGAAGUAAGGGUGAUCCACAGAAUGUACUCUUUGCGAUUGUGUCUAUAAGUGAUAAUCAAUAUUACGAACUCGGUAAUAAAAAUGGCACUCUUCAUCAACUUUAUUCCAGAAAUCAAUUCACUGUAUGCUCUGAACCAUUAAUAGAUAUUUUAGAAGUUUUAGCCACAAAAAAAUCUUUGCGUGAAAUAGCUAAUGAACAAUCUUUUUCCGGUGGUCAAGGUUUUAAGAAGUGUUUAUGUAAAACUACAUGCUUAACAAAUAAAUGUAAAUGCAAAUCCGGGGGAAUACUUUGUAAUUCUAAAUGUCAUCCAAACUCAAAUUGUUCUAAUAAAUAAUUGUAUUUCGCUUAAAAUAAAUAGUAAAUAGUAAAUAGUAAAAUUGUUCAAAUAUAUAAUUUAUAGUUUAAUCGUAAUAAUAAUAAAUAAUUUUUUUUUGAAUUAGUAUAAUUUGGUUUUUGCUACUAGAAAGACUUUGUAUAAUCUGUACCAUUUACCGAAGUUAUAAGUUUACGAUUAUAGUUAUACGAAUACAUUAUCCACAGCACACCGGAUAAUGUAUAAAUUGAUUGGAUACUACAUAUUUAAGGUGGAUAAUGUAUACAUUACACUGUUCGUAUGGAUGAGGUUCACAUUACCCGGGUAAUAUGUACACUAACCAUUUUUAUACUUUACCCGUAACAUAUACACUG